AUGUCGAAUUCCAAUGAAAAUGCAAAUGCAAAUGCAAAUUCUAAUGCAAAUUCAUCUUCAGAGGAUUAUGAGCUAACCUACAAGGUUGGAGUGGCUGAGAACAAUAACUCCAAGUUUCGGAAAACGAUGGAAGAUGUUCACACUUAUGUAGAAAACUUUGCAUCUAGGCUAGAUUGGGGAUACUUUGCUAUAUUUGAUGGUCAUGCUGGUAGUCAAGCUUCGAAAUGGUGUGGAGCAAACCUUCAUAGGUAUCUCGAACAAAAAAUACUAGAGGAUGAAACUCGAGAUUUGAGAGAUGCUUUGAAUGCAUCAUUUGUUCACGCUGAUAACGAGAUAAACAAUUCUUUAGAAGGAAAUAGUGGUUGUACUGCAGCAGUAUGCGUGUUAAGAUGGGAGAUACCGGAGACAACGGUUCCCAGUGAGGACGAAACAAUGAACUUACAACAGCAUAAGAGAAUGUUGUAUACUGCAAAUGUGGGAGAUACGCGGAUAGUCCUAUUCAGAAAUGGGAAUAGUAUACGAUUGACGUAUGAUCACAAAGCCUCGGAUAUACUAGAACUGCAACGAGUAGAAAAAGCUGGUGGUUUAAUUAUGAAGAGUAGGGUCAAUGGUAUGUUGGCAGUUACUAGGUCUCUUGGUGAUAAGUUUUUUGAUUCGUUGGUAGUAGCAAACCCAUUUACAACCAGUGUAGAAAUUACUACAAGUGAUCAAUUUUUAAUAAUUGCCUGUGAUGGGCUCUGGGAUGUAAUAGAUGAUCACGAGGCAUGUGAAAUGAUCAAAGAUAUGACAGAUCCUAAUGAAGCUGCUAAAAUGUUGGUUAGAUAUGCUCUUGAAAACGGUACCACAGAUAACAUCACAGUAAUGGUAAUACUAUUAGAUAGCUCGCAGGAACCCUUAGAGGAAUGA